AUGGCGUCCAGCAGCAUGCAGCCUAAAGAUCUGGCCAGAGACUACUCAAACAUGUCUAUUAGGGAUGAAGAAGAAGUGGAAUUUUCUAUUGAGGCAGGGGACAACUCAGACAGUCUGACUGAAACUCCCUACAUUUUGGUUGGCAAACUCCUUACAGAAAAGACAACUCACUUCAACUUCUUCAGAGAUACCAUGGCCUCAGUAUGGAGACCAAAGAAAGGCAUGAUAGCAAGAGAAGUUUCCUCCAACCUAUACCUCUUCUACUUUGUCCAUGAAAUCGAUAUCAACAAAGUUCUCAACAAUGGUCCUUGGUCCUAUGACCAAAGCCUGCUCCUUCUCAAGCAGAUUAAACCAAACACAUCCCCUCAUGGAAUCCUCCUCACCCACGCCGACUUCUGGGUCCAGGCGUACAACAUUCCAUCUGGUAUGCAAACCACCAAAACAGCAGAAAUGAUUGGUGCCUACCUCGGUAUGUUCAUAACGGCAGAUGUUGAUGUCCUCGGAGGUCUCUGGAAAGAUUUCCUACGUGUCAGGGCUCGGAUCGACGUCUCAAAACCUCUCAGAAGGAAGAUGAAUGUUAAACCCGCAACCGGUGACCCCUUCUACAUUGACUUCAAAUACGAACGGCUACCAACCUUUUGCUUCCUCUGUGGUAUAAUCGGCCACAACGAAAAUGAUUGUGAUAUUCUCUUUGAACCAAAUGCUGGGAAGGUGGAACGGAACUACAGCCCUGAGCUUAGAGCCAACGGCCGGAGAGCCCAGCCAACCUCAGGUCAACGAUGGAUUCUUCCAGAAUUACCUCGCCGGCAGACAAAUGAAGCAACACAAAAGGCAUCUUCCACCCCUGACGGAUGCCCAGUACAAACAGACAUUCCUUAUGAGGAAACUUCAGCUCAGAGGGAGCUGACAAGUACACAAUCCCCAACUUUCCAGCCUGGAGUCAUGCACAACAUUAAUGAUCCUCUCCCUUCGCAUGGCAAAAAUUUAAUGCAAGGUGGCGACAUGACUAGGGGCACUCUGCCUGAGAACCUGGUUAAUGGGAUUAUACCCUGGUCACUCCCAAACCCCAACAAUGAAAAGACUAGGUUCAAGAGAAAGAAGUCGGACUUCGGGCCAGUCCAUGUCACAAACUUCACCUUCCACCAUGAUGAUUUUCUUCAACUGAGCGGGUCAAAAAACUUGCUGGAAGCAGGUCCUGUGCCACAGGCCCGCCCGGAUCAAUGA